AUGGCUAACGAGAGCAAAGUCGACGUACUCAUAGUUGGCGCCGGUCCAGCUGGGCUGAUGGCUGCGGCAUGGAUGGCUCACUGUGGCGUAAAUGCUCGUAUCAUCGACAAGAGAAAUACCAAGAUCUUUUGUGGUCAAGCUGAUGGCCUGCAGUGCCGAAGUUUAGAGAUUUUCGACAGUCUAGGCUUUGCAGACCGUGUGUGGAAAGAAGCUAACCAUAUGAUUGAGAUUUGCAUGUGGAAUCCUGGCCCAGAUGGUAUUAUUCGUCGUUCUGAUCGUAUUCCCGACACUAUUGUCGGCCUUUCACGUUUCCAACAGGUCGUCGUACAGCAAGGACGUAUCGAGCGUUUCUUCCUCGACAAUAUCAAGAAGUACUCCAAAGAUCAGAUAAAGGUUGAGCGUGCCGUUUUGCCAGAGGCUAUUGAGAUCGAUAAGACCAAUAUCGAAAGCACUGAUAGCUAUCCAGUCACAGUAAAAAUUCGCCAUCUCUCUGAAGAAGAAGCAACGCCUCCCCAGCAAGCAACCGCUAGCAAAACCCAAGCGUCGGAUGGACUUUUCAGAAGUAACUUGGUGUUUGACGAUGAAGUUGACAACGAUAUUGCUCUCCGCCAAGCUCAAGAUCGUGACGCUGUUACUGAGACUAUCCAUGCCAAAUAUGUCAUUGGCUGCGACGGGGCACGAAGCUGGGUCCGAAGUCAGAUCGGAUUAGAGUUACAGGGCGAAGCAAGUGACUUUAUCUGGGGUGUCAUGGAUAUCAUUCCCAAGACCGACUUUCCCGAUAUUCGCAUGCGCUGCGCAAUUCAUUCGGCUGAGAACGGUAGUCUUAUGGUCAUUCCUAGAGAGAACAAGCUGGUUCGUUUAUACAUCCAGUUGAAGGAAGUGACGCCCGAUGCUUCAGGCCGCGCAGACCGAUCCAAGAUCAGCCCGGACGUCAUCUUCAGGGCGGCACAAAAGAUCAUUCAUCCUUACAAGCUGGAUUAUGAGUAUUGCGACUGGUGGACUGCUUAUCAGAUCGGACAACGCGUUGGCACGGCUUUUGACUCUCACGAGCGUAUCUUCCUCGCAGGUGAUGCUGUACACACCCACUCGCCAAAGGCUGGACAGGGUAUGAAUGUAUCCAUGCAGGACUCGUACAACCUGGGCUGGAAGAUUGCUCUUGUCGUCAAGGGCAUCGCUAAGCCUGACGUCCUCAAGACAUACCAGAGCGAAAGACGGCGUGUGGCCCAAGACCUUAUUGAGUUUGACCAUCGCUUCAGUCGCUUGUUUUCUGGUCGCCCAGCCAAAGAUGUCAUGGAUGAAGAGGGUGUCAGCAUGGAAGAGUUCAAAGAUGCGUUCGAAAAGGGAAAUAUGUUUGCAUCGGGUCUAUCUGUGAAUUACGGACCAAGUAACAUUGUUGCUAAAGCAGGUGAUCCAUUGGCUGAGGCUGAUGGUACCAAGGUGGUUUCGCCACCCGGAGUGUCUCUUACUGAGGAGACAUUUGUCAAGAAGCAGGCGCUUGCCACUGGCAUCCCAGUUGGAAUGCGCUUCAACAGCUUCAAAGUGUUGAACCAAGCUUGCGCCCGUCCUUAUCACUUCCAGGAACGUCUGAAAGCAGAUGGACGAUUUCGCAUCGUGCUGUUCGCAGGUGAUAUUCUCAAUCCUACCCAAAAAGCUCGAAUUGAAGCAUUCUGCAAUCGCCUUGACCAACCCAACAGCUUCCUCCACCGAGUUACCCCCGAUGGACAUAAGGUUGAUAGUGUCAUUGAAGUCUUGACCAUCCACUCUUCCAAGCGAUGGGAUACAGACAUUAUUCAAGACUUCCCCUCCAUUCUUCGCCCUUGGGAUGAGCAAACUGGUUACGACUAUGAAAAGAUUCACGUUGACGAUGUUAGCUACCAUGAGGGAUAUGGAAAAGCAUAUGAGAACUAUGGAGUUGACAAGACUCGUGGAUGCGUGGUUGCCGUGCGUCCGGAUCAGUAUGUCGGCUGGUUGGGUGAUUUGGAAGACUUUGAUGAUCUGUCGGACUACUUCCAGGGCUGUUUAGUGGCGAAGGACUAG